UCUUCAUCUGAUUCUCUCUGAUCACAGAUCUUAUUAAAAGGAAGGCUUUGGCUUUCAGCCUCUCCGCAGUGCUUUCCACUCACAGUGACUUGUGGGCAAGUAAGAGGAGAAAAUGACCACACACAGGAAGAAGUUUAUUGCCUUAAUAGAUAAGGCAAUGGCUGAUGCUGAAACGAUGGCACCCGAAGAGCUAGUGUUUUCUUACAAGGGGCUUUUGUAUCCAAGUACUGUUUGCAGCCUUGAGACCUUCAAAGCUCUUGAGUCCUUUGAAGCAAGGAGUGAUGACGUUUUCCUAGCAGGAUACCCCAAGUCUGGUACAAACUGGGUUGGUCAGAUCCUAACAGAUUUAGUACUAACAUCUGCAAAUAAUGAAGAGACAAGUAACCUGAAUAAUGAAGAACUGGAAGAAUUUCCUUAUCUUGAAGUUGGAGAUCCAGAGAAGUACCAGAGAAUGGCAGAUUUACCCUCUCGAAGAGUCAUAUUUACCCACCUCACUCCUCAAAAUCUUCCUGCAUCGGUCUUCAAGAAUAAAGCCAAGAUACUGCUGCUCAUUAGAAAUCCAAAAGAUGUGGCCACCUCGUUUUACCAUUUUGUCAAUCGGUUAUCUCCUCUUCCCUCUUACAAUACCUGGGAUGACUUCUUUACAGCUUUUAUGAAUGGACAAAUGGUCUGGGGUUCUUAUUUUGACUUUGUUUUUGAAUGGAAUAAGCACGCUGAUGAUGCAAAUGUCAUGGCAAUCACGUAUGAGGAGCUGAAGGAGAAUAGACCUUUGGGAGUGAAACGGAUAAGUGAAUUCUUUGACUUGCAACUAACUGAUGACAAGAUUCAAGGGGUUGUGGACAGAAGCAGUUUCAAAGCUAUGAAGGAAAACGCUGGAAAAACCCAUGGCGCAUUUGGUGAUAUUCUUUUCCGCAAAGGUGGUGUUAGUGACUGGAAGAAUCAUUUCAGUGAAGAGCACAACCAAAAAAUGGAUGCAACAUUUGAAGAACGCUUGGGUGGAACAGAAUUGGGAAGAAAGUUAAAAUAUGGGGUGUACUGCAAGGCUUGAAGUCUUGACCCAGGACUCCCUCAAUCCUAGAGCUAAGCUUGUUUAAACUGAGCAUAAUGAGGGGAGUGCCAAAGCUCAAAAUGUUAUGUCUGUAUCUAGUAGAGAUGUGCAACUCCCAUCUCUUUGUAUAGAGGCAUUUACAAUUUGCAUUCAGCAGUGUCCACUCUUUGCACCUGUGUACACAAUAGUUCAGCUAUACAAAUCAAGAAGUGUGCACUCUUUCACACAAACAUUUGUACAUGUGAGGCUGUACCUUUUUCAGUGUAAUGUGUGAACUGUCUUUUGUUACUUUGUGAACAUAUUGUUAUAGAUUUAGGAUAAACCCUGGAAGUUAAUAAAUGCUGGGUUUUGGUUAUUUGUGAUAUGAAAGGAGAAUGCAAGCUGCAAAGGAAUUCCUGAGCUGGCUUACGCAAACAAACCUGCUAACGUGAUAAAAAGGUGUUGAUGGACCAUUGGGGAGAGGAAUCCUUUAGCCUGGGGAGUGAGCUGUUACCAAGGUGAUGGGGUGUGUUUGAGAGGACAGGAGAGACAGUUUUUGAGUAAGGGUUGUUGGGAGAAAGAAGGAGGAAGAAAGGGCUGAGAUUCGUCUUUGGAGUGCGCUGGCUGCAGGCAGCUUAUGUUGCUGCCUCUUGGAAUGACUAUGCUGUAAGAUCUGGAUUCUCUCCAUGCAGACUGAAGGUGUAAAUAGGUGAAUAAACCAUAU